GAGGAGCUGAACGGUGAUGUGAGCGAACAAGGCGUGACUGGGAGGACAUUUAAAGCUGUGCAGCAUCUGGACAAAGCAUCUGCGAAGGGUGACACUCAGCAUGUCGACACAAACAGUCAGAAACGUGGCCUCAGUGCCAUUGGAGGACCAGUUCCGCUGCUGCAUCUGCCUGGACAUCUACACCGACCCCGUCUCCAUCCCAUGUGGACACAACUUCUGCCUGGAUUGCAUUGAAGGCUUCUGGGACACCAAGGACAAGUCUGACUGUCCACUAUGCAAGGAGACCUUCAUAACCCGUCCAGAGCUGAGGAUCAACCGAGGCUUUUCUGACAUCAUUGAGUUCCUUAAAAGGUCUCUGUCACUCAGUCCCACUGGAGAGGAGGAUGUGGAGAUCACAGAACCAAACCAGCUGUCUGAGGGCGAGGAGGUUCUCUGUGACGUCUGCCACGGAGAUAAGUCCUCCUCGGUCCGGUCCUGUCUGGUCUGCCAGGCGUCUUACUGUGAAGCUCACCUGACGCCUCACCAGAGGGACCCGGUGCUGCAGAGACACCGGCUCACCGACCCGGCCACCUUCACCACCAGUCACCUGUGCAGAAACCACAACCGGCCACUGAGCAUGUUCUGUAAGCUGGACCAGACUCCUGUGUGUGCAAAAUGUGCCGAGAGGGACCAUAAAAACCACAAGAUCGUCCCCAUGGAAAAGGAGAGCAGGAGGGUCCGGACUAAUCUGAGGGACACCAAAUCCAGCAUCCAGCAGAUGGUGCAGGACAGGCUGAGAAAGAUGGAGGAGAUCAAAAAAUUAAUGGACCAAAGCAAGAAAGUCACAGAGAGGGAGAUUCAGAGCAGCUCUCAGGUCUGCACCUCACUGAUCGCUGCCAUCCAGAGGCAGCAGGCCGAGCUGGUCCAGGAGCUGGAGGAGCAUCAGCAGGAGGCCGAGAGGAGAGCCGAGGAGCUGCUGGACGAGCUGGAGAAGGAAGUCAACGAGCUGCAGCUGAGGAGUAGCGAGUUGCAGCUUCUGGAGCUCACCCCAAGCCCUCUGCACCUCCUACAGAGUUUCCCGUCACUGAGCAGACUGCCCUCCACCAGAGAGUGGUCCAAGGUGGCCGUCCACUCUGAUAACUGCAUGGGAGCAGCCAGGAGAGUCGUCUGGAAGCUGGUGGGCGUCUGCCAGGAAGCUGCCAACAAAGUGUCAGCUGAAGAAGCAGCAAAGAUGAAUCUCUAUGCAGUCGAUGUCACUCUAGAUCCUGAGACGGCUUCAGGCUGGUUGGUUUUAUCUCCGGAUGGAAAGAAGGUGAACGUCAGCACCCAGAAGAAGAGGGCCAGACAGCCGGACGAUCCUCAGCGCUUCGACUCCUGCGUCUGCGUUCUGGGGAAACAAAGCUUCACAUCUGGACGACGCUACUGGGUUGUUCAGGUUGGGGAUAAAACAGACUGGGAUCUUGGUGUGGCCAGAGAGUCCAUCAACAGGAAAGGUGCCAUCACGGUUCGUCCUGACAGCGGCUACUGGGCCGUCUGCCGGAGGAAAGGUGGCCCGCUGAGUGCCUGCACCAGCCCCUCCAUCACCCUCCACCUCCAGGAAACCCCCCAGAAGGUGGGCGUCUUCCUGGACUACGAGGAAGGAUCGGUGUCCUUCUACGACGCCGAGGCAAAGACCCACAUCUACACCUACAGCGGCUGUAGCUUCACCGAGCCUAUGUAUCCCUACUUUAACCCGUGUGUUCCGGAUGGUCAGAAAAAUGUGGCGCCGCUGGUUAUCUGCCCCACAGAACAAUGGAAUGAACAGGACACGACCAUCGAGUCAGACGUCUGACGCACAAAGACCACGAUGCCAAAAGAGAUCUUUUUAUUGUUGUUUGUGAACAUUUUAAAUCCAUUUUGGUUCAGACACACCAGUUUUAUUCUGUGAAGCACAUGACACAGAAUGCUAGUCCAAAAUGAUUAAAAAAUAGCUCCAAAUUGGUCCAAAAUAACUUGAAACUGUCUGAAAUAACUCAUCCAACUUACCAGAUUGACCUCAAUAAUUGUCCAAAACAACAAAAAAAGCCUAAAAGGACUUGAAAAUUGUCCAAAAUGAUGGAGAUUUUGGCUUAUUUAACUUGAAACCUGUGCAGAUUGACUCAAAAAUGAUCCAAAAUGACAAAAGAUAUGCCCUUUUUUAAUGAUUUGUAGCAUUUUAACAUUUGUGAGUUUUUGCUGCCUGGAAGACAAAUGACGUGUGUGUACAGUGCUUUUAUUAUUCUUCAGAUGAAUGAUUAAUGUGUAAAUAAAUGUGUUGAAUGUUGCUGAAGGAAAAAUGUAUUCAGUGUUUGAAAUCCAUAGCCUGUGAAAUAAAGAAUAAAUGCCAAGUUCAUUUUCA